UACCCAGGCCAUCGACAUAUGAGAUAAACAAAUAUUUACCUUCCUUUUCCACAUGAUGUCGUUUUCUUCCUUUAACUUACAAGUAUGAGGACCAUUCCCGACCCAUCCCACCAUAAACAGCUGCAGACUAUAGCUAGCUUAGGGUGUGGUUCGUACUAGGCUGCAGUAAUUUGAUACAUUGCAUGACUGGCCCACACUGUGUUGACGUAGAGGACCACAGCCUUGUAGCGUAGGCCGCUUGUUGCAUGCCUACAAACCAAGUCCUGUAGCUGCGUGCAGCUCACGAGGUAUUGGACUGGGGUGCUGGUCUGUUAGAUACACAUAAGUAAAGCAGGAAGUUCUUUAGCUCAUAACAGGUGACAAAGAGCGACAGGCAUAUUCCGGUAGUGGUGAGAAGCAGGCUGGUGGCACGCAGAAGUUUAAAUAAGCAGUCAUGGCAGGGCUAUUGGAAAGGUUUAAUAAAUAUCUACACGAACCAAAUGUUGUGAAUGAUACACUGGGCAAGAUAGAAACGAAGACUGGCGUAAAACGAUUGUACAUUGCAAAGGCUUUGAUAAUAGCCAUUGCUGUGUAUCUGGUGAUAGGAUAUGGAGCAUCAUUACUGUGCAAUUUAAUUGGAUUUGUAUAUCCUGCAUAUAUCUCAAUCAAGGCUAUUGAGAGCACAGACAAAGAUGAUGACACAAAGUGGCUUAUCUACUGGGUGGUGUAUGGCCUUUUCAGCGUUGCAGAAUUCUUUGCUGAUAUUUUUCUGUCCUGGUUCCCAUUCUAUUACAUGAUCAAGUGUGGUUUCCUUGUAUGGUGCAUGGCUCCUACAUCUGCCAAUGGUUCCAUGGUUAUCUAUUCACGCAUCAUUCGUCCAUUCUUUCUGAAACAUGAGGCAGAAAUGGAUCGUGUUGCUGCAGAUAUCAAAAAGAAAGCACAAGAGGCUGCUGACACUGCACAGAAGGAAGUUAAAAAAGCUGUCGUAAACUCACUUGGUGAAGAGAAGAAGGGCAUGUAGGUGGUUUACUAAUUACUGGUACAGAAGGAGACUGAUGUACAGACCAUGAAGAUCCUUGCAUAUGGAUGAGAUUGUUCUACAAGUUCAGAUGAUGUUGCCCACUUAAUGAGCAUCUUAUUUAAAAGUGAACUGAAAUGUACUGUCAUUGUCAUGCUCAAAAAUCUAUUUUCUUUACAAGUAGCAACCAAGAAUGGAUGCUGCUUAAAUGUACUGUGAUGCCUGGUGUCUAAAGCUUAUUACGUAUGUAUUUUAAUCAGUGUAAAAAAUAAAAAAGCUAAUAGUGGCUUUUCUGGUGAAACUUCA